AGAAAGGAGAGAUGGUUGGCAUCUCCCCUGACAGGGACGGGAACGGCUUUCGGGCCUUCUUGUUACCAGCACACCCGGUUAAGGCUUUCCACCCUAGAGUUGAAUUCUCGAUAUCAAUUCACUAGCACAAGCUCUGCAUCCGGGGGCAAACUUCGCAUUCAAUCUCUCGUUGCAUCAGAUAUAGUUUGUGGGGGAAAGAAUUGUCUCGACAUGGAUGCAAUUUCAUGUUAGCCAAUGCUAUCGAAGCAGUCUCUAAUAGAAUAUCGGCAGCUCGGCUUGGGAAUAUAAGCCACUUAGAUAUUAAUAUGCUAGUAGCUACAACUUCUCUAUCCUGGAAGUGAUAGUUGAGGUUCAAGUAAAGCAGCCACCUGAGUUUCUUUAGAUGUAG